AUGGACAGUAAUACUGAGUUCGACAUCAAUGAUGCGCUGAAAUAUUAUCUCAGCGACCCUGCUUCAAUCGCGACACCAGAGGCAGACGGGAUCCUUCAAGACUGCGAGACCGCUCCCGAGUCUCUGACUAGUGCCACGGUGAACAGCGUCCUCAAUCCUAUUAUAGAUGCGAUCGCGGUGAAUCCAGAAGCUCUAUCAAGAAGCUCUGUAUUUGAUUCUCUGCAAUUCUUGCUCAAACAGGCUUCGCUAUUACCUGCUCAGACUUUGAGCAAACUAUUUGACCUGCUCAUUUCCGGCCUCUCUGCUCAGGCAGACAUCGUCAACAAUGACCUGGAAACGGAGGACCCGGGAGCAACGCGACAGCAGAAGCACUUACUCGAGAUGUAUGCAUUCCUCUUACAAUGGUCGAUUUCAGCAGUCGAGGUCAAAACAGCGGAAAAGCCUAGCAGUGCUUUGACAAAAGUCAGAGGGAAGGGCGCAAAGUCAAAAGCCAGCCUGAAAGAUGGGAGCUGGGACUCCGCAGCGCAAGUGCAAAGUGCUCUUGAUACUAUGUGCAAGGUGUUAAAGGUCAAGUUGGCAAAAAUAUUCGUGACUACCUCCGAACGGGACACUUUCAUAAGUCUUUUCACCAGACCCGUGUACCUGGUCAUGGAGAGCGAACAGCGUGUCAAGCUUACGGCUUUACGUAUGCAUGCUUUCAAGGUACUCUGUAUAGCGAUCAAGCACCAUGGGCAUGCUUUUGGUGCUCAAACGGCCAUCGUACAGAAUCUUACAUAUUACGAGCAUUUGGCGGAGCCAAUGGCUGAAUUUGUGCACAUACUUGCUGAACAAUACGACUAUCCACAGCUCGCAGAUGAAGUCUUGAGAGACUUAAGUAACAAGGAAUUCAACAACAACGACAGCCGAGGACCAAAGUCCGUCUCCACUUUCUUUGUCAAGCUUUCAGAGUUGGCUCCGCGGCCAAUCAUGAAGCAGAUGACGUUGCUUAUCAAGCAAUUGGAUAGCGAGGCAUACGCCCUUCGCUGUGCUAUCAUUGAAGUGUGUGGAAACUUAGUCGCCUAUCUAAGCAAACAGGAAGAACGAAACGAAAACUCCAAGGCACAAAUCAACGCAUUUUUUGACAUUUUGGAGGAAAGGUUUUUGGAUACUAACCCGUACUGUCGUUGUCGAACGAUACAGGUCUACGUCAAGAUUUGCGAUCUAGAUCAGAAGUUCCCCAAACGGCGUCAGGCGGUUGCCGAGUUGGCUAUACGGAGUCUUGAAGAUAAAAGUAGCAACGUCCGCCGCAAUGCUAUCAAACUUGUUGGUAAAUUGGUCUCCACCCACCCGUUUAGUGUUAUGCAUGGAGGCCAAUUAUCGUACUCUGAAUGGGAUGAGAGGCUAAAGACCGUUGAAGCACAACUCGAUGCUUUGAAGCCUCCAGCUGACUCGCCAGGUCUGGGGAAGAGGCAGAGUCAGGCUGAAGGAGCCGUCGAUAGUGCGCUACUAGAUGAAGCAAGCACUGUAGAGAGCCCUCAAAAGGCACCUGCAUCAAUGACCGAGGUGCAACGGGAGGAGGCCAUGAGAAAGGCUGCCGAGAAUGCAGCAACGUCAGAGCUUCUGAACAAAUUACAACUAACGCGGAAGUAUUAUGUCGAAGCAAUCCGCUUUAUCGAAGUCCUUCAUGCUGGGACUCCGGUCGUGUGCCAAUUGUUGUCUUCAAAAAACAAGAGUGAAGUAAUAGAAGCCAUGGACUUCUUUGUCAUUCUCGACGCGUACAAGAUCGAGCCCGCAAGAUUAGGGAUUCGCCGAAUGCUACGAUUGAUCUGGACUAAAGGCAACAGCGACGAAGGUAAAGGAGUACAGACCCACCUCAUGGAUUGCUACAGAGGUCUCUUCUUCACCGCGCCGGACACUUUCAGCGAGAACGAUGCAGCAAACUACGUAGCACGGAAUAUGAUCAGUCUGACUUUUGGUGCGACCCCAGCUGAGCUGACAUCUCUAGAGCAGCUUCUUAACACAAUGGUAAAAGUUGAGCUUGUCUCUUCUCUGGUUGUGAGAAAGCUGUGGCAAGUAUACGGUGUCCAAAAGCAAGAGAUCUCUAAGACCCAGAGACGAGGAGCCAUCAUUGUCAUUGGAAUGCUUGCGACAGCAGACCCUGAGAUCGUUUCGAGAGAGAUGGAAACAUUACUUAGAAUUGGCCUUGGACCCCUUGGGCGCAAGGACCUCGUCCUAUCAAAAUAUACAUGCCUGGCUCUACGCCGCAUGCACCCGACCAAGCAGCAGGGAAAGGAGCAUAGUGCCCCUGUUGUGAGAUUAAGCAAUGAACAUGCGAUCUUGAGUCAACUGGCAGCAAUGGUUGAGCUUGUUUCUGAUAGCAAGGAAUGGUUUGGAGUUGCUGAGCAAGCCGUUGGUGCCAUCUAUGCUUUAUCGAAGCAUCCAGACUCUCUAUGCUCCGCAAUAGUUCGAAGGAAGACGCAGUCUGUGUUCAGGCCGUACGGUCAGCAAACCCAAGAAGCGAUUAAUGGUAGGGCGGGAAACGAAAGCGGCUUGCCUUCACCGCCCCCAGAGCAACCCGAACAGCGGCAGAAAGGAAGUCUGGCUCUGUCGCAGUUGCUCUUUAUCGUCGGGCAUAUUGCAAUCAAGCAAAUUGUCCAUUUGGAGCUGUGUGAGCUCGACUUCAAGCGGAGAAAAGCGGACAAAGAGAAGGCUAGAGGUAGCAAUGCAUCUCCAACCAAGUCAGCAAACGUCGACGAGCAAGAACUAGAUAUGAUUGGUGGUACAACAGAAGACGAUUUCACCGAGGCCAUGAACAGCAUCCGAGAACGAGAGCUUCUCUACGGCGAGAACUCGUUGCUCUCGAAUUUUUGGCCUUUGGUCACUGAAAUUUGCGCGAACAACACAAUCUACCCUGACGAAGACCUACAAGCUGCAGCAACACUAUGCAUGGCCAAGCUGAUGUGCGUAUCCUCCAAAUUCUGUGAAACAAAUUUGCCACUUCUCAUCACCAUCCUGGAGCGGUCACAGAACCCAAUAACGCGAAGUAAUGUUGUCGUUGCGUUAGGCGACAUGGCGGUUUGCUUCAACCAUCUCAUUGACGAAAACACUGACUUCCUCUAUCGCCGGUUGAGUGACUCAGACGGCUCUGUGAAACGUACUUGCUUAAUGACACUGACAUUCCUCAUAUUGGCUGGGCAAGUCAAAGUCAAGGGGCAACUUGGUGAGAUGGCCAAAUGCCUAGAAGAAUCAGACAAGCGUAUUGCGGACCUAUCUAAGAUGUUUUUCACCGAGCUCGCCACGAAAGACAAUGCGAUCUACAAUAAUUUCAUAGAUAUGUUCUCCUUACUCAGUGCGGAGAAGGAAUUGGAAGAGGAUGCAUUCAAGAGGAUCACCAAGUUCCUUUCCUCGUUCAUCGAAAAGGACAAGCACGCCAAACAAUUGGCAGACAAGCUAGCUGCUAGGCUUCAGCGUUGUGAGACAGAACGACAGUGGAACGAUGUGGCUUACAUACUAUCGUUACUUCAACACAAGAAUGAAGACAUUCAGAAGACGAUCAGCAACGGGUUUCACCUUGUCGAGGCUGCUGCAUGA